GCCUAGCCGAGCCCCGGGUCCAGCAUGGCCGCCCCGGAGCCGGCCCGGGCUGCACCGCCCCCGCCCCCACCCCCGCCGCCCCCUCCUGGGGCUGACCGCGUCGUCAAAGCUGUCCCUUUCCCCCCAACACAUCGAUUGACAUCUGAGGAAGUAUUUGAUAUGGAUGGGAUACCCAGGGUUGAUGUUCUGAAGAACCACCUAGUAAAAGAAGGUCGGGUUGAUGAAGAAAUUGCACUUAGAAUUAUCAAUGAGGGUGCUGCCAUUCUUCGGAGAGAGAAAACCAUGAUAGAAGUAGAAGCUCCAAUUACAGUGUGUGGUGACAUCCAUGGCCAAUUUUUUGAUCUGAUGAAACUUUUUGAAGUAGGAGGAUCACCUGCUAAUACACGAUACCUUUUUCUUGGUGAUUAUGUGGACAGAGGUUAUUUUAGUAUAGAGUGUGUCUUAUAUUUAUGGGUCUUGAAGAUUCUAUACCCAAGCACAUUAUUUCUUCUGAGAGGCAAUCAUGAAUGCAGACACCUUACUGAAUAUUUUACCUUUAAGCAGGAAUGUAAAAUUAAAUAUUCAGAAAGAGUCUAUGAAGCUUGUAUGGAAGCUUUUGAUAGCUUGCCCCUUGCUGCACUUUUAAACCAGCAGUUUCUUUGUGUUCAUGGUGGACUUUCACCAGAAAUCCACACACUGGAUGAUAUUAGGAGAUUAGAUAGAUUCAAAGAGCCACCUGCAUUUGGACCAAUGUGUGACUUGCUAUGGUCCGAUCCUUCUGAAGAUUUUGGAAAUGAAAAAUCACAAGAACAUUUUAGUCACAAUACAGUUCGAGGAUGUUCCUAUUUUUAUAACUAUCCAGCAGUGUGUGAGUUUUUGCAAAACAAUAAUUUGUUAUCGAUUAUUAGAGCUCAUGAGGCUCAAGAUGCAGGCUAUAGAAUGUACAGAAAAAGUCAAACUACAGGGUUCCCUUCAUUAAUAACAAUUUUUUCGGCACCUAAUUACUUAGAUGUCUACAAUAAUAAAGCUGCUGUAUUAAAGUAUGAAAAUAAUGUGAUGAAUAUUCGACAGUUUAAUUGUUCUCCACAUCCUUACUGGUUGCCCAAUUUUAUGGAUGUCUUCACAUGGUCUUUACCAUUUGUUGGAGAAAAAGUGACAGAGAUGUUGGUAAAUGUUUUGAGUAUUUGCUCUGAUGAUGAACUGAUGACUGAAGGUGAAGACCAGUUUGAUGAACGGCUCAUAUAUGGCAAUAAAAAAGUAGGUUCAGCUGCAGCCCGGAAAGAAAUCAUAAGAAAUAAAAUUCGAGCAAUUGGCAAGAUGGCAAGAGUCUUCUCUGUUCUCAGGGAGGAGAGUGAAAGUGUGCUGACACUCAAGGGCCUGACUCCCACAGGGAUGUUGCCUAGUGGAGUGUUGGCUGGAGGACGGCAGACCCUGCAAAGUGCCUGAAGUUCAUUCCUCCACCUUGGAAACCACCCUCAACGGCAGGGAAGGUUUGACAGACAGCAGCUUUGCUGAAGGGAUUGUCUAUUCCCAGCAUAGAGUGUGAGUUACUGGAGGGAGCUGAGCUUAAGGGGUCUAACUUGGGAAACUGUAUACCCACCCAACCAGGUCUGCUAGUAACGGCUUUUGAUAGUAUGGUUUGAGCAUUUGGUUGAAAUUAUUUCCCUAAGAUAAACUCACUUUGAAACAAAUAACAAAACUCUUGCAGAAGCUGCAUCUGUUGAUUUUUAAAAAAUUAUAUAACACUUUUAAUUUCAGCAGAUACGUUGUCUGAUGUUAGGCUUUACAAGUGAGAGGUAUUGAAAAAUAAAAUUUUAAUUCUGAGCCUUCAGUCCUAUCAGAAAACAUAAAUUGUCUUUUCAAUAAUUUUGAAGUUAAUAUAAGUAAUAUUUCUUGAGUGUUUGUAUAAACUGCACAACUCUUAAUGGAGUUAAAUGUUAUGUGUAUAUUUUAUAUGUGUUUUCUUCAUAGAAAUUUGACUGGGAGAUAGCCAUAAAUGCUACUGUCAAAGACUUGCAUGGGAAAAUAUGUGGCCAACUCUACUUUAAUAAUGUCAAAUUCCUCUUGGUCCUUUAUUCUGUGUUGUAUUGAGAAACACAGUUUAAGGCAGCACUAUACUUAAACUUAGUUGGGCUAUAUUAGGAUGCCCUACAUAGUUGAAAACAAAUAGAGGUGAAAUGCAACAGUACUUUUCAGAAUAAAAGUUUCCAGUUAUUAGCUCUCUUAAGCUUAGUGUUUAAGCUUCAUAUGCCUAUCUUUCAAUUCUAAUCGUUCAGCCUUUAUAGUAUGCAGUUUUGAAUGUUAUCCAUUUUAUAUUCUAGAAAACACUUGGGAUCAGUUAAAGUCCUGAAGAAAGAGCAGAGAAUAUUUUUUGACCUAGAAAAUGCCUUUCUAUAUAAAAUUAAGCACAUAGAAUGAUUUUGAAAGUGUAUUACUAUAUUUCAUACUUUAAAAACAUACUAACAGACUUUUAAACUAUUGAAUCAAGUAGAUACUAAUUUUCAUAGUGAGAUCAGUUUUCAGUCUUAAUUUAUUACCAUACACAGUGAAAGUUACAGAAUGUUUCAUACUAAGUAACUUCUGUUAUCAUAAAGUAAAUUCUCUUUUAAAGUAAAUUCUGGUAGACUUUUUUUUUCUCUAAUCAUUAAACUAUAGUGAAAUUUGUCAGUUCUGAAGAGUAGAAAUUCCAGCCCUGAUCAAACAGAAGUGGGUUGUUUAGUGGGCCUAGUUUUCUCCGGUACCAGGAACCAAACUCACGACCUUGCGCUUGCCAGGCAGGCACUUUGCCGCUGAGCUAAAUCCCCAGCCCCCUAGGGCCUAGUUUUCUGACUGGCACAUUCCAGGAGUACUUUUUAGGUAUUCAGGUGUAGAUUCUUCUUGUCAUUGAUGAUGUGUCUUAUUUGUAAUAUAAUUUAAUAAUUAAGGAAAAUGAACUCUUCCUUUAUUUGGUAUUUAUCCUGUUUCUUUUGGAUUCCUAAAUUUCCUUUAAUGUCUGUUUAAGAUUAGCAGUGUUAUCUUAAUUCCAUGGAUUCAUCAGUACCCUUUCAUAUUAGUAAGUGCUUUAGAUAAAUUAUAUCAUCUCUAAAUUACAUUUAUUCCUAAAAGGAUAUUUUAAUAAUUAUUCUAAUCGGCUUUAUUAUAAAAGAAACAAGGGAAAACACAAAUACUCUUUUUUUUUUUUUUUUUAAGGAGAAUACAAAUAUUCUAAGUAUGUGUACUUUGCGUAAAGUACAGAAAGGGCAAUAUUGUGAGACAAUAUUUUUCUGUGCAAUGUUAGGCCCAGGUCUUCAGUGUGAGCUCUUUUUACAGUUUAAACCCAGAAACAAACUAUUAAAGAAUCUUUGACUAUAAAAUGUACAGCUAAGUAUGUUGAAGUUAAGUGGGCCAGUAUUAGCUAUACCAAGAUGCAUUUCUUAUUUAUAAUAUGACCUAUAUGAAUAUGAAUAUCCAUAUCAUGAAAUAGUUACAAUUUAUUGCCUGAAAAACCCCUCAGUUCCAUCCCUUGAUGCCUCUUUAAUUGGUUGGUAGGUUUGAAAAGAUGUUCUGAAGCCUUUCUCUAAUUAAGAGUGCAGAGUCUGAGCCAGGCAUGGCAGUGCUCGCUUGCAAUCCCAGCACUCAGAAGGCUGAGGCAGGAGGAUCAUUGGGAGUU